AUGUCCGAUACCGUGGGAAAGACCAUCACCUGCAAAGCGGCUGUAGCCUGGGAGGCCAGCAAAGAGCUCUCCAUUGAAGAUGUCGAGGUCGCCCCCCCCAAGGCUCACGAGGUCCGAAUCCACAUCUACUACACAGGCGUGUGCCACACAGAUGCAUACACUCUGUCUGGAAAGGACCCCGAGGGGGCUUUCCCCAUCGUCUUGGGACACGAAGGUGCCGGCAUUGUUGAAUCUGUCGGUGAAGGUGUCACGAACGUGAAGCCCGGGGAUCAUGUCAUCGCUCUCUACACCCCAGAGUGUAAGGAAUGCAAGUUUUGCAAAUCGGGAAAGACGAACCUGUGCGGCAAGAUUCGUGCCACUCAGGGCAAGGGAGUGAUGCCAGACGGCACCUCGCGCUUCAGGUGCAAAGGCAAGGACCUCCUCCACUUCAUGGGAACCUCGACCUUUUCGCAGUACACCGUCGUCGCCGACAUCUCCGUGGUCGCGGUCCAGCCCGAGGCUCCCAUGGACCGCACCUGUCUGCUGGGAUGUGGCAUCACCACGGGCUACGGCGCAGCCCGUGUGACGGCCAAUGUGGAGGAGGGCUCCAACAUUGCCGUCUUUGGUGCGGGCUGCGUGGGCCUUUCCGUCGUCCAGGGAGCCGUUGUCAACAAGGCUGGCAGGAUAAUCGUGACGGAUGUCAACCCGGCCAAGGAGGCGUGGGCCAAGAAGUUUGGUGCCACUGACUUUGUGAAUCCCAACGACCUGAAGGGCCAGACGAUUGUCGAAAAGCUCAUUGAAAUGACCGACGGAGGCUGCGACUACACGUUUGACUGCACCGGCAACGUCAGCGUCAUGCGAGCUGCCCUUGAAGCUUGCCACAAGGGCUGGGGCGAGAGCAUCAUCAUCGGUGUCGCCGCUGCCGGCCAGGAGAUUUCUACAAGACCGUUUCAACUUGUCACCGGCCGCGUCUGGAAAGGUUGUGCGUUCGGAGGCAUCAAGGGACGCAGCCAGCUCCCAGGUCUGGUGGGCGACUACAUGAGCGGUGCUUUGAAGGUGGACGAAUUCAUCACCCAUCGAAAGUCGUUGAGCGAGAUCAACUCUGCUUUCGAGUUGAUGAAGAGCGGCGACUGCAUCCGCUGCGUGAUUGACAUGAGGAAAUUGUAA